CAUUUGCAGUUUUAAGUUAAAACAGGGCAGGUUUUGUGUGUGCGGUUUGGUUUGUUAGCUACUUCAAAAAGACAAAACCCCCCGAAACACACAAACCAACCCAACAACCUCAAAAACAAUGACAGUUCCAAACGACGCCGCUUGCUUACCCGAUACCCGCCCCGCCAACCCAGGCGAGUCGUCGCCACUCGCCGACGACGGCGGUGAGGUCGCCCAUGGGCAGGUGAGGGGAUCGUGGUCGCCGAAAGAGGACGAGUUGCUGACUCGGCUGGUCACGCAGUUUGGCGCCAGAAACUGGAGCGUCAUCGCCAGAGGAAUUCCGGGAAGGUCCGGCAAGUCUUGCCGGCUCCGGUGGUGCAAUCAGCUCAAUCCCGGGGUGAAGCGCAAACCUUUCUCCGAUGAGGAAGAUCGUAUUAUAGUUGCAGCUCAUGCCACUCAUGGGAACAGAUGGGCGAUAAUUGCAAAGCUCCUUCCUGGAAGAACUGAUAACGCAAUUAAAAAUCACUGGAAUUCUACUUUAAAGCGUGGAAGGAAGUAUAUCCCUCGAACGAGAAACAUGAAAGAGGAUAGCGGCAUAGAGAGAUCAAAGACAUCUUCUGAAGAAACUGUGUCAAUUAGCAAUAUCAGUUCAGUCAGGACUCCUGAAGAAGUCUUGAUAGUAGACAACAGCUCUAACCAGUUAGAUGGAAAAUGUCAGAUAGAGGACAGUGUUGGUGUUACAGAACUGAUAGAUAAUUCAACUCUUGGUGCCGAAUUAAAAGAAGAGUCCACCCUCUGUCGCCCAGUGGCACGACUUAGUGCCUUUAGUUCUUACAACCCUUCAAAUGGCCCAUCGAAUGACUUAAUUGUUCCAAGGCCAGUCCUCCCAAUUGGUGGCCCUUUGGUCCAAACAUCUAAUGUAAAGUUUGACUUCUGCAACUCGCUUGAAGGUGACUGCAAUGAGCCUAUUGUUCCUCUGCAUUGUGGCCACGGUUGCUGUGAUAGAAGCCAGGGGCAUUCUCAAAGCUCAUUGUUGGGGCCUGAGUUCAUUGACUAUGAGGAGCCUCCCUCCUUCUCCAGCGCUGAAUUCAUCUCUUGUGUUACAGAUGUGAACAAUAUUGCAUGGAUUAAGAGUGGCCUUGAGAACCGUGAGACAACAAGAGUAGCAGAGAAUGCAGCAAGCCAGAGAUUCUCACAAGGGGCACCUACUACUCCUCAAAUGGGGUAUUAUGAAAUGAAUAUGAUGAAUGGCCAUAUGCACUUUGCGGACGGGCAGAACAGGCUAAUGGGAAUGAUGACAGACAUGCUUUCAACUCAGAUGCCUAGACAAGGUUUUGCCAUGCCAACUGAAGUUAAGGGAUUGAGCUAGAAGUCAGCGCUGGGUUUUCCUUGUCAUGGGAGGAGAAAUAUACAGGUUAUUUUCACAGCAUAUUAUUUAUAGAAAACUUUUGGAUUCUCAGAGUUCUAUGAGCUAUAAGAUACAAAUGAGGACUACCCUCUUCGCUUAUGGA